CUGCAGACCAUCAUGAAUAUCAGCUUAUCCGAGAUAGAGUUCCUCAGACUGAUUGAACGAUCACACUCAUCAUGCGUCUUUCACACUCGUUGGCGUGACAAAGAGUGUAUUCUCAAAGUGUAUCACCAUAUCGAAACAUUUCAUACCAGUCCCAAAAGCCUGGAAGUGGAUACAUUUACGUGCGAAAACCGUGCAUAUACACGACUGAAAUCACAUGGUCUCUGUGCCCGAGGAAUCGUCCCCGACUUCUACGGCGUAGUUGAAGAGAUCAAUCCCUUAGAACAGAUACCACAUCUAAAGGACUUUAUCAAAGACCGUGCAUCUCCUAAAGGCGUCUUGCUUGAGUUUAUACAUAAUAUCAAACAGAUAGAUCUGUCUACUUUCUCACAAGACAGAGUCAAUAAGCUCCGUCAAAUCCUAACAGAGAUCCACGCAGCCGGAGUCUACCAUGGAGAUCCAUAUCCGCGAAAUAUGGUGGUCCAAGAAGGCUCGGACAGGGUGCUUUGGAUUGACUUCGAUCGUGCCCAGACUUAUGAUUCCAUCACACCGCCUCUACAGCAGCUACUGGAUGAGGAAAAUGAGUUGGUAGAUUAUUUUGUUGAUGCUUUGGCGGCAGACUAUAAAGAAGGCAAAAUUCACCGUACGUGGGAGUGCUAUUACGAUACCAUUUACCAACCGUCCUAAAUCGAGUGGUUGCUGCUGGUGCAUGACAUGUGCAGCCUACCUAGGCGGGCUUGAAGUCUCAACUUGCCGUAGCCAGCUUUAACUCCGCAGAGUGAAUGGCUAAUUGAAGGUUUUGUGUCGCCAGCUAUCCCAAUGAAGACAGGCUGCAACCCACGCACGGUUGGCUGUACACUAUCAUGUAUGAAAUAUCACCGUUGUCUGUGGCUAAUCUUCUUGGUGUUGAUGGUACCAAAGGCGUCGACUCAAUGUUGGGAGAUCUGAUAUGAGAGUUUAUUUCACAUCAAAACUUACUGGGAACUACUCUCAAUAUAAGCUCGGGUGACAUGAUAUCAAAAUGUAUCUAAAUAUUGCUGUUUGUAG